AUGAGGCAGACGGAUUCCGUGUACAACAUCCCGAAAAACCACGUCGCGAGGGCUUCCUUCAAAAAUGAGAUAUUUAAAAAUGGCUGGGCGUACCUCGAAGUGAGUACACAGGCCAAGUUCACAGACUCGCAGCAGGCGCACGCGGCCGGGUACCUGGAGGGCUACCUCUCGCGGGACCUCAUCUGGAUGCAAUGGCGCAACAUACUGCAAGGGUUUUGCGCCAGCAGGAAAGAUUUGUGCCAAAUGUUGGACGAUUUCGUGGACGCCAACGAAGAGUACGUGCUCACGGAGGCAGUAAGUCAUCAGUGCGAAGCCUACUGGUAUCAGGUGUUGCUGUUCUACAACCAGCUGCAGGGGCUGGCGUGGGGGUACAGGAACGCCACCACGAAUCCUGACGAGCUCCUCACCUUUCGGGACAUCUUCUGGAUGAACAUGGUGGGGGACCUGGACGACCUGGCGUUCUCCAUGAUCCUCCGCACCAACCACUCGCGGCGGGACCUCGACCCCGACCCCACGGCGCGCCUCGACCGCUGCACGGGCCUCGUCAAGCUGCUCCCGGACCUCUCCAACCUCUACACUUCACAGACCAGCUGGAACAGUUACAACUCAAUGCUUCGGAUACAGAAGAUGUACGAGCUCAACUACCGUGAGUCGACCUGCAGCCCGGAACGGAUCCCCGGCUACAAGAUGUCUUUCUCCUCCUACCCUGGCCUUGCCACCUCCUUAGAUGACAUAUACAUCAUCUCGUCGGGGCUGGUGCCGGCGGAGACGACCAUGUCGAACAGCCGCCGCGCGCUCUACGACCUCAUCAAGCCGGUUGGACAGAUCCUGGAGUUCGUGCGAUCGAUGGUGGCUAACCGCUUGGCGCGCGACGGCAGCGAGUGGGUCCAGAUCUUCGGCCAGCAAAAUAGUGGCACUUACAAUAACCAGUGGUACAUAGUGGACUACAACAAGUUCAAGCCGUCAGGGGCUGGGUGCCCGGGGCGCGUGAGCCCCGGCCUGCUGUGGGUGGUGGAGCAGCUGCCCGGAGCCAUCGAGGCGGACGACUUAACAGCAACGCUGUUAAAUACUUCUUACUUCGCGUCUUACAACAUGCCACACUUCCGGCGGAUAUUCGAGCUGGGCGGCGGGCGCGAGCGCGUAAAGAUGUACGGCGACUGGUUCGGACAGGAGACACACCCGAGGGCCAAGAUGCUCAAGAUAUUACAGGCUGGUAUACAUAACACGCGCGACAUGUUCCGCGUGAUGCGGUAUAACGACUACAAGCACGACCCGCUGGCGCGCUGUCCGCAGUGCAACCCGCCGUACAGCGCGUGCAACGCCGUCGCGGCUCGGAACGACCUAAACCCUGCCAAUGGCACAUACCCAUUCAAAGCGUUGGGCCAUCGCAACCACGGCGCCAUCGACACCAAGAUAACGAACGCGUUUCUGCGCCCCUGGUACGAGUUCAUCGCCGUGUCCAGCCCGCCGCACAACGAGGCGCGCGGCAUCCCGCCCUUCCAAUGGAGCAAGUUCGACUUGGGCAAGAACGUGUCCCACAUCGGUCACCCGGACAAGUGGGUGUUCCCGCCGGUGAGACACCGCUGGGAGUGGCGGUGA